AUGUAUAACAGUCGUAGAAGUCACAAAGAAAGAAAUCGUUCAUUAAGAAGAUUAGAUGUUUCAUCAAAAUUAACAAUACAACAGCAACAAGCAUUAUUAACAUCUUGGAAAUCAUUACGACCAAUCAUUCAAACGGUUGUACGAAAAAUUCUGAAUAAUUUGGAAGAUGAAAUGCCUAAAGUUAAAAAGAUUUUUUGUCAAACAGCAGUAUUGGAUGCUUUUAAUCGUGAAAGUGUAUCGGAAAAUUCAAUUUCGGGUACUUUAGAUGAACAUAUAAAAUUGAUAAUAGGAUUUUUCGAUGAAUUAGUAAUUAAUGUGCAUGAUGAAGAGAAUAUGUCAAAUAAAAUUCAAAAAAUUGGUCAAUCUCAUGCUAUCCUAUGCUCAUUCAAUGCUGAUAUUUGGGAAAAACUUGGCGAAAUUACGAUGCAAUGUUUUAGUACGCAAGAUAUUGUACAGAAGACAAGAGAAGCCGGAAAAGCUUGGCGUAUAUUAAUCGCCUGGGUUACCGAUGAAUUGCGAUGUGGCUUUGAUGGUCGAGCACGAAUUAAUAGAAGGCAUUCAUCUUUGACAACUGUCGAACAAUCCAAGGAACGAUCAGCACAACAUCAGUAUAGCCCGGAUAUCGGUACAGUUCAACAACAAUUGCAGCAACUUCGAUUUAAAUACGAAAAUGCUGUACCAUAA